UAUCGGCGGGAGAUUCGGGACUCUAUAACACGAAUACAGGCUAUAUCGAUGUAAAAAUAAAUAGAUAAAUAAGUAUGUUUUAGUGAUGUACCGACGGCAAUCCCCUCUCUUUUAGCCUGAUACAAAGUAUUAAUAGUAUUUUACAAACCAAUGAAUGAACAGACCACGUGAUUUACACGGAUAUAUUGUAUCAGUGUGUGAAAGUUGGUCAAUGUUACUAUAUAUAGUACAACUGAGACGUCAACUAUAAUGGAAAUUACCUCCACAUUGCGCAAUACCGGAGCCUAAAUUUCAUUGCUCAGCUUUAGAAUAUUUUAUAGAAUUGUGUAGUCAUUGAUCAUAGCAAACAUUAUUGAUAUAUUUGUUUAUUUGAAAACAUUUUGAAUUAAAACUAUCAACAUGGGCAAAUUAAAUAUGUUCGCAAUAACUUUCUCAAACCCCCAAGGGGUGUUCUAUGGUGGCCAACUAAUACAGGGUCAUGUUACAGUGGAAUUAAAUGCUGAAAUAAAAAUGAGAGGAAUAAGACUACAUUUUGAAGGUGGCGCACGAGUUCAUUGGACAGAAACAAAAUCUGAGGGUACUGGUAAAGACAGUCGAACAGUCACCGAACACUAUUCAUCUAGUGAAACAUAUUUCAAGCAUAUACUGGUCUUAUUUGGCAAAGGGCCAGGACAAAAGGGGACCGACCCCGUCUUACAAGCAGGGAGAUAUGUAUAUCCAUUUAGUUACCAGUUGCCCUCAGGAAUACCAUCAUCUUAUGAAAGUUCGGACGGACAGGUUCGAUAUUCAGUGACUGGUGUUAUCGACCGUCCCUGGAAGUUUGAUCAUAAAACGAAACGGGCGUAUACAGUUGUCGACCCUCUAGAUCUUAAUCAAGAACCCCAGGCCAAGCAAGGUGAGAUUAGAAAUGGUCAGAAGACAUUGUGUUGUCUGUGUUGUAAAUCCGGACCAAUUAGUUGUAUGUUGAGACUUGAUAGAUUAGGCUAUGUACCCGGUGAGGCCAUCCCCAUCACUGGUGAAAUAAUUAAUGGUAGUCGACGAAACAUGACGUGUUCUUUUGCUGAUAUUAAAAUGAUCGUUAAGUACCACGCUACGUCUAAGACUAAAACUGAAAAUAAAAUUGUGUCAAAAAUCAGCCAUGGCCCCAUUCUACCGGGUGAUAGUGAUACAUGGAAUGGGGAUCUACUGCCUAUACCACCGUUACCUCCUUCUGGUUUACGAGGAUGCCGUAUUAUAGAUAUAACCUACAGAUUAGCGUUAAAUGUUGAUCCGUCUGGAAUAGCAUUUGAUCUAGUGGUUCCAAUAAAUAUUUUAAUAGGCUCCAUACCUCUCCGGUCCGUAGCAAGACAGUAUGGUCCACCACGACCUCUCCCUCUACCACCCUUAGGGUCUAAUGAAAUGCCCCUUCAACCUACCAUGCCGUCAGCGCCUUCCAAUAUGGAUAUUCCUCCACCAUCCUAUGCUGAAUGUGUUUUUGGUAAAGUUAAUAUACGUGAUGAGAAUGAUGAUGAACAUACACGUGGUAAUAUGAACUAUGCUCCUGUUUACUCAUAUUAUAAUUGGAAUCAACAUGAAGCUAAUACAUUUGUGCCGGUAACUGAACAACAACAAAACAGACAUUAAUGUAAUCGGGUGUGUAUCGAAAUAAAUCUAAAAGUUGACUAUAAUCCAACAAACUUGCUGCUAUACCACGAAUACUGCACGGGAUUGAUAUAACAAAUUCAAAGAUGACAUUUGCUGAGACUAACAGAAUAUAAAACAAUGUCUCUAACUUUCGCCAUCAUCUGAUUCUAAGACCUUAAAUAGAUAAGCUCCAAACAGAUCAAAAUGCAAAGGAUGGCACCAUGAUCAAUUCCAAUAGUUGGCAACAAGUGGUUUAAAAAUGUGCCUUUGACAAACACUACAACAUGUCAAGGUGAUUUGCUAUAAUGAACUAGUAGAAUGAUACUCACCAUAAAGAAGUUUACGUUCAUCAAAUGGUCAUCUCCUCAAACGUCGGAGAUUAUCGGCAAAUGGAGAAAGAUCCUUCUCGUACCCAGGCCCAUUUCUCUGGAAUGGACUUCUGGUCAGUAUUUUCAGGUGACACACCGUAUUAAUUGUUAAAUCACUUCUUUAGACUCUCCUAUUCUUACAAGUAUUUACAUAAUGUAUCUAUGUUUUUAUAAUUUUAUACAGGUUCCAUGUUUUUAUAAACAAUUUAUUUUGGAAUAAUUUUAUUCAUUAUAGAUUUAUUUAUAUGGUAUUAUUUAUUUCAUUUUGGUGUGAUUUUAUAUUAUUAUUGUUAAGCUCAUUCGAACACUUUAUAGUGGAAUCUGCGCUAAAUAAAUUUUGUAAUAAUAAUAAUAAUUUAUUGUCACGCAUUGCCAAGGCAUUUGUGGAUCUGAUAAAACAACAUACAAUUAAACCAUAUACACAGUCUAAUAAUAUACGGCUCGCGGGUGCGCGCUUUAUGAUAAGGACUGUCAUUGAGUCAACUGGCAUGGCUUCGAUUUCCCAGUUGGACGUGACAAGGAUUCCGGUCGCCUGUCCAACCUCGUGGGUUUUCUCCGGGUCCUCCGCUUUUCCCCCAAUGCUAAAGAACCCUACGCGCAAGCGAAUUAUUGAAACAAAAUUUAGCCAUAUGUUAGUCCCGAAAUGACGUUAAACCCCACUGCCUAUCUACUUCCGGAAUAGGUCUUUGCCCCGAAUGCUGCAAUGAGGUUCAGAUCCGUUUUACAUCUUUCAUACACACAAAUACUAAAUAAUAAUGGAAGCGGAAUAAAUACUACUUAAACUUCUUGAUUUAGCAAUUAAAAUAUCGGUCAAUUUGUUUCCAUUUCUUAAGUGGAGCUAAUUGUUGCCGGUAGACAGCGUAACUUUCGUGUACGCGAACCAUAGUAAAGUAUUUACUUGCAUACCAAAUUACUUUAACUUUAUUACGGUUAUUAAUUACAUGUAGGUAAGUCUAUUUCGAUUAGAAAAGUCAGUUAUUCAUUUAGCAUAAAACACCCAUAUUAUCUUCAUUCGUCUGCCAGGUCCAAUAUGACGUUGGACACACGCCCGUAUGCUUUGUUUUAAAGCAUUUCUAGGUAGUGUUUCUCUAUUUUAUUAUGGUUCCAGUAUAAUUGAGCAUAACAUUUUAUUAUUCGUUACACUGAUAUCUGCGAAGCUCCCCUCCUACCAAAACAAACAAACCACAAGCUAAUUGGAUCGUGUUGACCACAUUCCACACCAGAGACCAGAAACCGUGGUAGUUUUAUUAUGUAACUUUAUCAAUAGUUAUAUCCUGAUUAUUGACAACCGUAAAAGAACCAAGAGAACGGCCAACAAGAUAUAACUUACCUACAUAUAUUAUACAUCAUACACUAUGUUUACCCACCUGUUUAUAUUUUGUAUCUGUUUAAAGUUUUAAUAAAAAAAACAA